AUGUUCACGCCCAUCCUCCCAUCCCCCGCUCAGAACCCGUCAGCCAAGCACCAGUAUCGGACUAGGACCCGGUCAAACUCCGCCAUCAAGCCCUCCGCCCGCCUUCGCCAGUUUCCAGAUGUGCCACCGCCCGCUCCCCGCCGUGUCAAGCCCAUGCCCAUUGCCAAGGCGAAGCUGCCCGCUAUCGUCUCGUCCCCCUCCCCUGCCGCAGAGCCCUUUAUGCCCCCCUUUCCUCCCUCGCAUGUCACCCUGCACGCCGACGACGCGAAUAGCAAGGUUUUUCUGGCGAUCGGACGUUCCCUUAUGGCUGUUGACAAUCGCGCCGUGACCGUAAAGGACCUCGCGGAGCUAUGCAUGCAGUAUGGGCUGAUAUGUCAGAACUUGUCCGCUGCUGGCCAAGCUAUCACGACCUUUAUACGAAACCACCUCCAUCGUUGUGAAGUGCAGCAAGACCAACCCCUCCUUCUCCGCCAUGCCAUGUCCGGCACGCCGUCAGACGAUGAGUUGGUCGCUGCAUUGUACUCCCGUAUUGGUGGCGCACAUUGCACUCAACCCGAAGACGAAAACCGUCUCACCAACUUUCGCCGGGGUACCAUGGUAUGGUAUCUGAGCAAGGCGGCUGGUGCCCCUUGUCCAUUCGCGCGCGCAGGCAUCCGUUUGUGCGACUACAACGAAAACGGGCGGAUUGGCGCCCCGGUCAAUGCCGGACGCGAGAAGAAACGGGAGCGCGACAGACUCAGAAAGGCGGCACAAGCGGCAGGCCAAAAGCGGAAACGUCCCCUGCGGUCCUGUGCUGGCAAGGUUUCGGAGUCAGUCUCUGACUCUUCGGAUGAUGAAGAGAAGAGACCGCCCAAGGUCAAGCUCACGCUGAGACUGAAGCCCUCUCUUACGUCCAACCCAAGCUCGUCUUGCUCUGAUCUGGUGGCCUCGGAAGCAAACACUGCGGAUGUGUCUCGCCUGCAGCAAACCGACGUCGACGAUGACGCAGAAUCCGAACAAUCUGACACCGACUCAAUGUCCGUCGAUUCCGACGAGGAAGACUCGGCACCUUCCUCAUUUGCCUCACCAGCUUCCUCUCGGUUCCCUCCGGCCGUCCCCGCCGCUUAUUAUGCGCCUGCCGCUGACUUCCGCGCGUCCUCCUCCUCGGACUCUGCUCAACGUUAUGAGGAUCGUCGGCGUUCGCCCUCUGUUCCUUACAGCGUUUUCUCAGGUUCACCACCGCCGGACUCUGAGGAAGAAGACGAGGACUUCCAUAUCACCAUGACAGGCGCUCGGCGCUUGUCCGUGGGGCGUCCUCGUACUCCUCUCGAAGACGACGACUCUGCCUGGGAAGACGACUUUUUCGGCGACUUUGACGCUGACGCAGAGACCCAGUGGGAGAGUCCAGGUCCACGUUCGCCCUCCGCCCAGCCGCACGACGACGUCGUGGUCAAGCAGGAGCCAACAGACGUCAGCGGACUCUUAGAUGCUUGGGACGACUUCGACAACCAGGCCAAAGACCUGAAGGUGCUAGACGUUGUGGCGCAAGCUGCCGCGGCCGAGCGUCAGGCAGAGCAGUCCUCAUCAGAUGAUCUUGCAGCGUGGUCCUGGCCAAGCUUGUAUUCGGAAGAACCCGUCCGUGUCAAGCAGGAAGACGUUGAGACACAUCUCUUCUUUGUGGAUGACGAUCCCACGCCUCCGCCCAGCUCGCUCUCCCCCGCCUUUCCUUUCGACCCGUGCGAGUCUCCAGUGGAGGAGUGCCCGCUAAACGUCUACAAAGCGAGUCCAGACUACGAGCUGCAGUGGAGGGAUGUGGAGAUCCUUGGCCCCGACAGCGUCAAACCCCACGACCUCGAUGAUGGGGCGUGGCACGAGUACCGUGCCACGCGGGCCGUUUCCCCAGACGAACGGAUCCAGUCCCCAUCCCCUGAACCUUCUACUGCCACCGCUACUUCCCCUUCCCUUUCCCCUUCUCCGAUUCUCUCACGCAGUACCCUUGCCCCUUUGGAUGUGCAGUCUGCAGACGCGGCAACACGUCCAGGGCAGGGCAGACUUCCGUCGAUCUCUUCCCCUUCCCUGAUCGCGUCCUUGACAUCGUUGUGCCUCCAGACACCGACUGCAUCUGUGCCUCCCGCGUCGAGCCAUGCCACGGCUCCGCAUGAGGAGGUUGCGGGGCUGUGGGCGUCGAAAUCCACGUCCGACGUAAGCCCACUUGUGCUUCACACCAUCGUACCCUCUGCUCCUCCCAUCGUUGCAACACAGCUGGAAGGCGUCGCUGUGUAUCAGUUGACUCUCGGUUCAUCAACGCUUCUCCGCCGCGUAGACACCGACUUUGUGAACGUCUCCUCAAUCGCACAGCAUCUCAACGUGGACGUUCCGUCGGUGCCCAGUGCGGUCGUCAUCAGCGCCGGAUCGCCGUCCGUGUGUGGUACCUGGGUUCCUCUCAGCGUUGCGCGGGAGGUCGUGCAAGACGAGUCGACAUUGACGAUGUUCUUAUCGGACGACCUGCGCUCCCUGUUCCCGGAUACCAUCCAUAUCUUGCACCCUGCCGAUGGGCCUCCAACCACGCACCCCCAGUUCGGUCACCAGUUCCAGUCGGCAUCAGAAGCAAGACGCCGGGGCAUGACUUCCCACCGGCUCGAGUUACCUCCGCGAGAAUUCGAGGUCUCGUGGGAGGAUCACCUUGCCACGCAUCCGCCAUUCAUACUUGCAACUGCGGCCAUCGACGGGCACCAUCCCGCAGUAGAGGAGGCUCCUGUCGUGGUUGAGACCCCGCUCAGUCCGACCGAGGAGGAAAUGUUCCAUGUGCUAUGCGCUGCAUCGGAGUGGGAGACGCCCUCGGCGGAGGGAUCUUGCGUGGACGAGGCUAUUCAGGCGACGACAACGUCGGCACCGUCCACCGAGGCCGCGGACGGCGUUCAAGAGAGGCCGCUUCGGCGAUCGAAACGUGUUGCAAACGCAGCAGCAACCCGUUCUCGCACGCGGUCGAGCAGGAGGGGCUCUCGCACGUCCCUUUCAUAAUCGCAGCCCCCCACCAUCGACAACUCUUCUCACCUGACUUUGUCCUCUUCGCUUUCUACCCCGUAAUUUUAUUGCCUUCGUGUUUAAUAGCCCGAUACGCCCUUUCGUCUAUCCGUAGAAUUUGUAUCCAUUAACGCUCUCCAUUCACCACUCCGUCUAUGUCUUCAUUGUCCCCGUCCUUUCUUCCUGGACGCACUUGGGAUUCACAUAUGCGCACACCCUGGUCGCACCGCUAUGGUCUGGACCACCCGCCGCCCGCAAGGGAGCGCUGCUUCUUUGUUGAUUUCAUAGCGGCACCCGAGCAUCAGAUCAUCCAUCCGCUCACAUUGUGAGUUGCGAUGCCUGACGGGCACUCUAUCACCGCCGAGGAUCCGGAGGCCCCUGUGCUUGCGAGAUCGAUUGGCGCAGGGCGGAAUGGGGGCGGGCCGCGGGGCUUCGGGAGCGUACGGACAAGUAGGAAAGGCUCGUAUAGUGCUCGUACUAGUCAGUAUAACGUGGGCAGCACGCCCGGUAGUAGAUGUAGGACACGAAUAACGAUGAUAAUUCGCU